AUGGAACAGAAAAAAACUCGAAAAGAACGAAGUAAUACUGAUUUAACACAAAAAGAAAUAGCUAUGCUUAAAACAACUACAAAUUUAACCGAAAAAGAAAUUAAAUUAUGGCAUACUGAAUUUCUUCGUAAAUAUCCAAAUGGUAAACUUGAUAAAGAUACAUUUAUUGAUACUUAUAAAGAAUUAUAUCCAACAAAUGAUACAACUCUUUCAUGCAAUACUUUAUUUAAUGUAAUCGAUAAAAAUCAUGAUAAUUCAAUUGAUUUUAAUGAAUUUCUUUUUCUUGCUGCUGUUGGAAAUCGUACUGGUAGUUUAGAUGAACGACUUGAUAUUAUUUUUGAUUUAUGGGAUGUUUCAAAUGAUGGCUUACUUGAUCAAAAUGAAUUAGCACAUCUUAUUUCUGCUAUGUAUGAUCGUGCUGGAGUAACAGUUCGUCAAGGUGAACAAGAUCCACAUAAACGUGCUAAAGAAAUUAUUAUUAAACUUGAUAUAACUGGUGAUAAAAAAUUAAAUCGAGAUGAAUUUAUUAAUGGAUGUAAAAAUGAUGAAGUUGUUCGAAAACUUCUUGCACCUGAUCCAUAA